GUGAUAAUAAACGGUGAUAGUAGUUCGGAGUUUGGUUACAUAUUUUUCAUUUUUAAUUUAAAAUUUUCGUCGUUGUUAGAUUUGAGUUGUUGUGAUCAAUGUUCAAUAUUUUUACCGCAAAACUCACAUUGAAGUUCGUGGAUGGGCAUUCCAUAUUUUCACAGAAGAUGCCGGUCGAUAUCUGAAAAAUGAGUAAUAUACGAUCCAGACGCGUUGAAAUGAAUUUAAAGUUUUUCGGAGACUGCUGUAUUGAAGGAAGGAGUAACCGAAACCCUUAUCGUAUCCGUCGUUACGGUUAAUUGAAUAACGAUCGAUAAGUCAUAAUUUAUGGAUCACUGAUAAGGAAUCAUGUACCACAUUUCAAUCAAUAAACCGUGUUCAACGAUUGGAUUAUUUGGUGUGAUUUUGUUGAUAUGUGCGACGAUCAGGAGUGGAGAGUGUUCGUUAUUCUCGAAUACUCGAGUUUAUUACGAACAAGGCGUCGUUAAACUGGAUAUGAUCGAUCUACCAGAUCCGGACCCAGAACCGUUCAAAAUCGAGCUAUCGAUGGAGCAACCUUCGCUGGAGUUCUACUCGUCGUCUAAUUGCUCCUCCAAACCGACCGAGCACUGCUUAGAUUUCCCCGAACAUCGCCUACUGAUCACUCGAACCAGUGACCGAUGUUUCAACGUCAACUUCAGCUCACCUGUCAACAAACCUAUCACAGCCACAAUCCAUCUAGGCCAGUUGCACGUUUACGGUGGAGCCGAACAUGCCGAAAUGCAAUGGCCCAUCGAUAAAAUCCACUACGUAGAGCACGCUUUCGUCACGACCACGUAUUACUAUCAAGCCAUAGUCGAACCUUAUUGGCUCACGUCGAACGGAUACUAUAUUUACGUAGACGAAUCUGUACCCUUAUUCGUAGCCAUGGAAGUAAACAAAAGAACGCUAUCGCUAACCGCUCGAAGAGAACUACCGUAUGUGAAAACAGCCUCGAAAAAUUCCCUCGAUUUCGUCGUAUGCAAAUUCCAAAACCCUAGAGUAGCCCAGUUACACGCAGUCAACACCCUGCUAGGCAAACCGGCCGAUAUACCGGAUACGUUCCGGAUCCGGCACCCGAUCUGGUCAACCUGGGUUAAGUUCAAAGAUAGCAUAGACGAGAAUCGAGCAAUGGCCUACGCCAAAGAGAUAUUCGAUCGAGGAUACACCGGCCAAAUAGAGAUCGACGAUAAUUGGGAAUUUUGCUACGGUUCUAUGGAACCCCAUCCGGGUAAAUUCCCCGAUCUCAAGCUAGUAGUGAACGAAAUCAAAAAAAUGAACUUUCGAGUCACCAUCUGGAUUCAUCCUUUUGUCAACGUCGAAUGCGAAGAUGUCCACGAGAUGGGUCUAGAAUCCGGUUACUUUGUACGUAACUACGAUAACGAAACUCAGAUGAAAUGGUGGCGAGGACACGCGUCCCAGAUUGAUUUCACCAACCCGAGAGCUGCCAAAUGGUUCAAGAAGAGAUUAGAAAAGCUCAGACAGCUUUAUAACAUAGAUUCGUUCAAGUUCGACGGAGGCGAAAGUGAUUACUCGCCGAAACCGUCCAUGUUCCAUACGAUGGCCAGAGAUCAUCCGCAUACCAUAGUUAAAUCGUACGUGAAAACUAUUUCGAGCUUGGGUAAAAAUGUGCAUACGAGAGUGGCUCGUGGUACCCAGAAGUAUCCGGUGUUUACCACAAUGAUGGAUAGGGAAUCGGUCUGGAGUAAUUUGCUCGGAUUGUAUACGAUGAUACCUCAAGUGCUUCAGAUGAAUAUUUUAGGAUAUUCGUUCGUACUGCCGGAUAUGAUAGGUGGCAAUGCGUAUCACAUCAAGGCAUCUGAGGAGUUGUUCAUCAGAUGGGUUCAGGUUAAUACUUUCAUGCCAUCUAUGCAGUUCUCUUUAUUGCCUUGGGAGUUUGGAGAAAAAUGCGCGGAGAUCACGAAGAAAUUUGUCGAUUUGCAUUAUAAUUACUCCGAUAAGAUUAUCAAUUUGAUGAGAAAGAACGUGCAGACUGGAGCUCCGGUUAAUCCUCCUAUUUGGUGGAUCGCUCCUACUGAUAAAGUCGCCCUCAAAUGCGAUAAUGAAUUCCUGCUCGGCGAAGACACUCUAAUAGCGCCAGUCUUAAUCGAAGGUAAAACCUGUCGCGACAUCUACCUUCCAGCCGGAUACUGGAAAGAUGAAAACUAUCCAGAACGUGCCAUUAUCCAAGGACCAACUUGGCUAAAAAAUUACGAAGCUCCGCUCGAAGUGUUACCUUAUUUUACCAAAAUGACCGCCAACCAGGUUGAAACCCUCGUGUAUCUUGAAGCAGGCCAUUAUCAGAAUAACUGGACGAUCGCUCUGAUCACUUUGGGCAUCGUUGUUGUCGUUUAUUCAGUUAUACAAGUCGUAUCGAGAUUCCUGCGUUUAAGGAAGAGGGUACUGACUUGGUAUAAACAUUCGAGAUUGAGUAAUUGUUUUUUACCUAAAUGAAAAUAUUUACGAGUAAUUAUGGGGACACGAGUUGCUGGUUUUUGAAACUGAUCCAUGGAUGAUUGGAUGUGUUCGUGGAAGUGAGGAAAAGAUGUGCUCAAUUUUUGGCUGUUUCUUUUUUCUUUUCCUUUCACUGUUAUUACAAUGAUGAUUAAUUAUUUAAUUAGAUUAAUAUUGUAAGCUAGAUUGCGCUUUUUCCUUUCAUUUUUUUUUCUACCAUUAAUCUUUGCAAGCUGUGAUAACAUUUGUACCCAUUUAUAUACCUAUUAUGUUCUUGUUGCUACUUAUUACUUGAAUAUUUUUUUUUUAAAUACUUCGGGGCGUUUUUGAAACGACGAUGUAUUAUUUAUUAAUUAUCUAUCACGUGUGAUGGUGUGUCAUUAAUGGAGUUUUUCUUCAUCUAAAUACAAAAUAAGUCUGAGUCGAAUAUAUUGUAUAAAAUAUAUUAUUACCAUGAAAACUGCA